UUUAUAAGAAGAUGGCCGUGUGUAAAGUGGUUAUUCAUCCUGUUGUGUUAUUUUCAAUCGUUGAUAGUUAUGAAAGGAGGAACGAAGAUGCAAAAAGAGUAAUUGGGACACUCUUAGGAUCUAUUGAUAAAAAUAUUGUUGAAAUUAAAAGUUGUUUUUGUGUACCACAUAACGAAUCAAAAGAUGAGGUAGCAGUUGAUAUGGAAUAUGCUAAGAAUAUGUAUGAACUACACAAAAAGGCAAAUAGUGCUGCACAAAUUGUUGGAUGGUAUGCCACCGGUGUUGAUGUAACAGAGCAUUCUGUCUUGAUACAUGAUUUUUACUCAAGAGAAACUGCUAAUCCAGUUCAUCUUAUCCUUGAUACCACAUUACAAACAAAAACAUUGGGGAUUAAAGCAUAUGUGAGUUCGAAUAUUGGUGUCCCAGAGAAAACAACAGAAGGAAUAUUAUUUUGUCCACUUGAGUACUCAAUAUCAAACAGCGGAGCUGAAAAAGUUGGAAUUGAUUGGUUGAAAAGAACUACAACGUCUCCAACAAAAAACAUAUCAUUACCGUCGGAUUUACAAAAUAUAUUACAGUCGACAGAUAAAAUAUCCAAAAUGCUUGAUCUUUUAUUAAAGUAUGUGGACGAUGUUCUGGCAGGUGAUAUACCAGCUAACAGUACUGUUGGUAGAAUGUUGAUGAAUCUUGUUGACUCUGUACCGCAAAUAAAGUCUCAAGAAUUUGAAGCAAUGAUGAAUAAUAAUAUGCAGGAUCUCCUGAUGAUUUGUUACCUGGCAAGUGUGACAAAAUCGCAACUUUCAUUUGGACAAAAGAUUAAUCAAGUGACGUCAUCGUCGACAUAAAAAGCGUCUCUAACACUCUCUCUAAUUAUAUCGUAAUAUAAGAAGUCACUAAUAAAUUUAUUCAAAACGAAAAAGCCCUGACGGUCCGAAUUUCUUAAUGGCAACAGUGUGAAACACUAUUGAGACAUACAAAAAGUCACCGAGAAAACGACGGGUCAUGGAACUAUGGUAGUCGGAGGGCUUUCUACGCUAGAAACUUGAGGCCGCGUUUAUUGCUAAAUAUUAUCCUCAAUCUCUUGUCAUCUUAUUAAACUACUGACUAAAAUUAGAUUACCUGCGUUGCCAGGCAAUUGCUAUUCUUGACACCUGUUUCACAGUGGAUUACCCUAAAUAAUUAAUAACCUCCAAACAAGCCAUUUCAUUUCUUAAAUAGCUUUAUCAAACUUUUAUUUUAUUCUCUCUAUAUAUAUAAGUUUCAGACUUCAUACUUCAACUCAAUAGUAAGUAUAGUAAUGUGAGAUAAUACUGAUGGAAAGAUGAAGCAAAUAUUGAUGCAGAGCAUGAUCUUUCCACAAAAUAAAGCAAUAAUUAUUUUUGCCGUAAUCCGGACAUAAAUUCAUUAUUUUUCCUAAAAUAUAUGUAUAAUUAAAACAAAAAUUAGAGCAAGACUAUCAUAAUUUGAAAAAGGCUUUCAUGGAGGGCAUUUUACCAUUCGUAAAAUAUAUCGUAAAACAUCCAUGCAAUUGAUGGCUUCUGUUAAGAAGUAAAUUAAAUUCUCGUAGAAGUAAAUUUGGGUAUUUUAUGCUUAUA